UAGCAACAAGUAAGCAUGCGGCCAGAACGGGCUGGAGAAACUCUCAACAGGACAUGAGGAUAGAGAGAGAGAGGGUUAGAAGGGGAGUGAAAGAGGAUUGAAGCCGUCCCCUCCUCAACACACUCACAAUGUUCAGUGUUAUAUACUUCAUACGAAGCUUCUUUAAGGCCCCAGCUUUAGAGGACUCUGGGAGUGAGGCAGGCUGUCUUGAGGAUGAGGAGCAUGGAGAGCAGCAGGACCAUCAGGAAUGGUGUGAGCCGGUUCCUGAAGCAGCAGAGGAGACAAAAGAAGAAUAUUUCAACCCACAUUCACGGCACAGUGACACUUUCUCUGGCUCGAGUCAUGAAACUGAGGACUACUGCAGGAUACCGCUCAGCUCUAUGGGUCAUCUGGACUCACAUUCACUUUCGGUUAGAAGGAGAGAUCCCUUUUCAUCAAGGCAGCAUCAUUCUGUCAAUUAUGCUGACAGUUUUAAUAGAACAGUGGAUAGAGAACAAUUGGAAAAGCAGACUGAAAACAUGGGAAUGAUGCGCAUGGGAGUUGAUGGCACUGGAAUGUCUCAAGCUAAGGGUGCUCUGGAAUGUGAGGAGGUUUUCAGCAAAUUUCCAGCAGGACCUGGAGUUGAUUUUUCUUCAAGGAAUGACCAAUCCUACGUAGUAACACCCUCACUGGCAUUAGAAAAUGCUGUAGAACCACAAACACUCACUGAGCCAUCCGCUAAUGACUCAUUAUUGACCUUAACAGACAGUGAUGGAGCCAAGUCUCAGUUUGCUGACACCUUUGAGGGAAGAUCGAAAUGGGAUCAAAUUAACAAAAAUAUAACAGACACUCAGUCAGCACACAAUGAGCCACAGGUACAGAUCAUAACCUCAAGUGAGAAGCGUUACAGCAAAAUUAUAUUGACAGUAGUAACACUGAAAUACAGUUGA